GGCAGGCUUCGCCAGCAUUGGCCGGACCGGUGCAGCGCCUGCAGCUGUGAGGCGCUGGCCACGCCGAGAACGCCGACUCCAUAAUGCUGAAGAUCCUGCAGUUGAACAAGAAUCUGAGCCCCGCGGGAAUAGGGCCAAACCCGCACGCGGAGACAACCAGUGGUCUGUUCUUGGCGGCGACCUCUUGGGCGGCGCAGGAGCGGGAGGCAUCGGCGAGGUGGAUGGGGACGACAGAAACUAGGGGAGGCGACAGAUUGGCUCGAGGGCUUGUGCCCUUUUUUUUCCGGUGGUUUGCGUCCGGUUCUUUCGAGGAACGAAACUACCGUGCGGACGACAGUUCCCGGCCCAACUUUGGUCGAUGGAGGAUCCAACAACGGUGCUAUGCAUGUACGGCUUGAUGUGGUGAUGUGCUGCAUCGUUGGUAAAUCGUCUAGAAUUGUAAGAAAUUAUAAAAUAAAUUUAAAAAAUGUGAGCACCAGGAUUUCAACCUGAUGAGUUAAGAAAACCAAUGUCUUUUUAACCAUCCGACAACAGGUUGGUUUGCAUUUUUUUUCUUUUUUUUAUAUACUAGGUCACUUAACUGAGACUUGAUUAAGUUGACUGAGAUCUAACCAUGUCCUUUACAAUAUAUUACUCCAUCCUUCUCAUAUUCUUAGGCAGGGCAUGUACAAUGGUUGAUAAGAUAGUCUUAUCUUAAGUUUUGCAUGUAAUUUAGAGAUGACAAAAAAAAUAUCUACAAUGGGUUAUCUCUUGGCAAAAUCUUUCGUCUUCGUUUUCAGCUCCGCUCGCUCGAGAAUUGCCACAAGCGCAAAUCCCGCUUUUUAUGGGUCCAAAGAUUCUUUCGCAAAACAAUCCAUCUUUUUCUGGUUUAUCGGUUUUAUAAUGAAAAGUAGAGGGCCUUGUGACUUCGCCAACGACUUCUUCAUUAGGUAGGUUUUUGUUAGCUUCAAUAACUAGACAUUUCUAAAAAUGUGGUGACACAUAUUGUGCUAAAAGACCAUCUUUUGUCUUCUCUUAAAUAAGAGAAGACAAGUCUUUUUUUAAGAGUUCUUUCUCCUCCACCUCAUCAUUUAUCCUAUGUGGCACUACUAAGAUAGUACCAUUGUACAUGCCCUUAGUGGCCAGCACGAAAAUUACCGCAGCUUUUUGUUACUUGAACCAUCGUAUAGGCUGUUAAGAUGUACGCAUCCACGGGAGACCCAGCCAGAUAUUUGUUUCUCUUUCCAGUAAAAUAGCCACCGUGAGUGGUUGUUGACUUGUUGUGACCGAAUGAGAGUGAAAAAGGCAUCCUAGAUUUUGGGAUUGCACGCAAAAGUUAGUACAUCCAACAUUUUAGAAAGGAGGGAGUAGUUUGAAAAAUCAUCUUAUAUAAUAAGGGGAAGUUGUUUUUUUUUUUGCGGAUGAAAGGAAGAUUUUAAUUCAUCAAUCAGGACAUAAGUCAUUCUUACAAAUAUCAGUGACGUCUCCUGGUCCCGAACCUAACCACACCACAGUGCAACCUUCCGUCCGUCUAAAGAAGGCUAGAUAAUGGCUUGUAUCAUUUUGUUCCCUACGAACAUGAGAUAGCUUUAGCCGAACAUGAAUAUUUAACUAAACAUGAAUAUUUAGGGAAAUGUUUGGCUUUAGUUGACGGAUCACAAGCGUGAGAUCCGCCGCCUUCUCUAUGUCACGAGUGUCUUUUGGGUGUCUUCUCUCUCUUUUUUUCUGCAACAUUAUGCGCGUUGUAAAAUUGUCUUUUGCAACAACACUCAUGUUAAAAAGGACAAAAAAAUGCCUAUAUUUUCUACGACAUCAUUUGUGUCGUAAAAAGAAAUCCGUACAUGACAACACCCAUGUUGCAAGCUGCAUGCACAUUAAAUCUAUCAUUUUUUAAUCAGCCAUCCUAGCAUGGAGCAUGCCCUGCUGCGUAUGACAAGUGAAGACACAAAAUUAUUUUAAUGGGAGAAACUUGAAGGCGCCCUCUUGCCUUGAGGCUAUGCCAACCACUUUCCUUUGGAGACGACCUUGCAAUGUAUGGCGUCGGCUUCCAAGUCUCCAGAGGCAGGUUCAGAGGCGAGAAAAGAGCACACUGUGGGUAACUGGGUACUCUGAAGGCAUCUUCUCUUCGAGUCAACGGUGAUUUGCUGCCGAGUCAAGCUCGCGGCGUCUUCCUCUCGACCACCGGCGGCCGCCACCGCUGCCGAUCGAUGACGAGCCUUUGGAGUCUGUGGGGAGAGUGGGAGAUCCGGGUGCUACUCCUCGGCAGCCUCUCCCUGCAGGUGUUCCUCCUCUUCACCGGCGGCCUCCGCAAGCGCAUCGUCGCGUCCUGGCUGCACUUCCUGCUCUGGCUCGCCUACCUCCUCGCCGAUUCCAUCGCCAUCUACACGCUCGGCUCCCUAUCUCGGAGCCAGAAGCUAUGCCACCACACCGACGGGGAGGACGGCUUGCACCUCCUCCUUUUGUGGGCGCCCUUUCUCAUCCUCCACCUCGGCGGCCAGGACACCAUCACCGCCUUCGCCAUCGAGGACAACGAGCUCUGGCUCCGCCACCUCCUCAGCCUCGUCACCCAGGUCGGCCUCGCGCUGUACGUCUACUGGAAGUCGUGCCCUUCCGCCGCGAGCCUCGUCGCUCCGGCCGUCGUCAUGUUCGCCUCUGGCGUCCUCAAGUAUGCCCAGCGCACCUGGGCGCUCAAAUCGGCCAGCAUGAGCAGCCUCCGCAGCUCCAUGCUCACACGCCCAGACCCAGGACCCAACUACGCGCAGCUCAUGGAGGAGUACCACUCCAGCAAGGAUGCCGGCCUGCGCGCCGAGAUCGUCAUCGUCCCCGAGCGGCUGCCCGUAGACGACGUCCACGUCCCGGAGGAGCCGAUGGAGUACGACGAGCUUGUCAUCAAGGCGCACAUGUUCUUCCACACCUUCCGCCGCCUUUUCGUCGACCUCAUCCUCAGCUUCCAGGACCGCACCGACAGCCUCACCUUCUUCCGCCGCCUGAAGCGCGACCAGGCCUACAAGGUCGUCGAGAUCGAGCUCCAGCUCAUGUACGAGUCGCUCCACUCCAAGUCGCCCGUCAUACACUGCCCCUCCGGCCGCUACCUCCGCGUUUUCACCCUGGCCGCGCCCAUCCUGUCGCUCCUCGUCUUCUCCAAGGCCGGCAAGGGACGCUACAAGGAGGCCGACGUUGCCGUCACUUACGUCCUCCUUGUUGGUGCCAUUUUCUUGGAGAUUUACGGCAUCAUCCUGAUGGCCAUCUCCUCCUGGAGCUACGCCGACCUGCGGAAGUUGCGCAAAUGCCUCCCGGCGGCGAGCAGAGUGGUCUUCCAGGCCGUCAAGUAUUUCAUGCCGGAGGCGAGGCCACGGUGGUCGAACCAGAUGGCCCAGUACAAUCUCCUCAGCUACUGCCUCAAGGACAAGUCCACAUGGUUGACGAGAGUGCUGGAGAGUCUCGAGUGGGAUUACAACAUCCGCGUCAAGACAGCGUGGGACAGCUUAUGGUACACGAAGCACAUCGGCGUGUCCCUGGUGCUCAAGCAGCUCAUCUUCAAGCAGCUCAAAGACAAGGCGAACAGCACGAUGGAUCCAAUGAGCUACCGGCGGUUCGGGGAUCACCGCGGGCAGUGGAUUCUGCAGCGCAAGGGGUGCUACCAGGAGCUCCGGUGGAGCGUCGAUGAGGUCGAGUUCGACGAGAGCAUCCUCCUCUGGCACAUCGCGACCGACCUCUGCUUCUACGACGACGAUAACCAAACGUCCUCAGAUCUUGCCCCCACCGGCGCCGGCAGGUUCGCGGACGAGGGCGACAUAAACAGCGGGUCCAGGUUGCCGGCGGCGAGCAGGGAGAUGGCAAAUUACAUGCUGUUCCUGCUGGUGAUGCGGCCGUUCAUGCUGACGGCGAGCAUUGGGCAGAUCCGGUUCGGCGACACCUGCGCGGAGGCCAAGAACUUCUUGGUGCGGCUGCGGGGAGGCGAGGCACGGGCGAAGGAGCGGCAGGGCGCGAGCGCGCUGGCGGCAGUGAAGGCGGAUAUCGACCCGCGGAAGGUGAAGGGGGACCGGAGCAAGUCGGUGCUGUUCGACGCGUGCCGGCUGGCAGGGCAGCUGCGCGGGAUGGAGGUUAGGAAGCGGUGGAGGCUGGUGGCCGGGGUGUGGGUGGAGAUGAUGUGCUACGCGGCGGGCAAGUGCAGGGGCAACUUCCACGCCAAGCAGCUCAGCCAGGGCGGGGAGCUGCUCACGGUGCUGUGGCUGCUUAUGGCGCACUUCGGCAUUGGUGACCAGUACAGGGUCGAGGCCGGCCAUGCCAGGGCCAAGCUCAUCGUACACAACUAGCGCAAAGUUCGUUUUGCGCCUUAACCCUCCAUCCUGGCAUCUAAGAUGCGUUCAGUUGCUAGCUAUUUGUUCACACUUUUCUGCUAUAUCCUCUAUAACACUAAGCUCCCUAGUUUAGAGCUCACAUUUAACUGAGAUUUUCAAUUAAAAUUGGGUCAUUCGAUUUUGACCUGAUUAAUAAUUUCUCAAAGCUUUCUCAUUCAAUUCUUUUGUACCAUGCUUCCUAAUUUGUAAGGCCUUGGUAUUUACUCUCGUAAUCCAA